CCAGGGCGGCUCAGCUCCGCCAGUCACCAAGCUUCCCCUCCCUGCCUCCCUCCACCGCUGCAGCCGUCCAAUGCGGCACGAGACUGCAGGUGAACAGCAGCUUGCGCCCAAGUCCAGCGAGCUCACCGUGUCUGGCCAAGUUCACCGGAACGGCCACCCUCCCGCUUCCGCCCAAGCCUCCCUAGUCCCUGCGAGAUGAAGAACCCAAUGUUCGAGGUGGCGUCCCUCCUGUUGGAGAAGCUGCUCCUCAUCUCCAACCUCAAGCUCUUCAGUUCAGGAGCUCCUGGCGAAGACGUGACCACGAGCAAUUUUUACCAGAUUAACUCGUUCCUCCGAGGCGAUGUGCUGGAGGUGCCCCGGACCCAUUUGACCCACUAUGGCAUCUACUUGGGUGACAACCGCGUCGCCCAUCUGAUGCCCGACAUUCUCUUGGCCCUGACCGAGGAUCAGGAGCUCACGCAAAAGGUGGUAUCCAACAAGCGUCUCAUCCUGGGCGUCAUUGGCAAGGUGGCUAGCAUCCGCGUGGACACGGUGGACGACUUCGCCUACGGAGGCGACAUCCUGGUCAAUCACCUGGAUGCGUCCCUCCAGAAGAAGGCGCUAGUCAACGAGGAGGUGGCGCAGAGAGCAGAGCAGAUGCUAGGCAUGACCUCCUACAGCCUACUGUGGAACAACUGCGAGCACUUCGUGACCUACUGCAGAUACGGCACCCGGAUCAGCCCCCAGUCGGACAAGUUUUGUGAGACUGUGAAGAUAAUUAUCCGUGACCAAAGAAGUGUUCUAGCUUCUGCAGUCUUGGGAUUGGUAUCUAUAGUCUGUCUGGGAAUGGCAUCAUACACUACUCUUCCGGCAAUUUUUAUUCCAUUCUGCUUAUGGAUGGUGGGUUAACUUCAUGUGCCCAUGUCAGUGUGCAUAUUCCCUAUGUAAAUAUGAGUAUAUUUAUAGAGCACAAAUCACUAUAAGCAAUGCUGAAAAAAAUAUGACCCAUAACACUGUGUUCUGGAUAAAAAUGUGAUUAAGAAUAACACAGAGUGCUUACCAUGUAAGCCCAAGAACAAAGGCUUUCUGACACUUCUCAGACAUUUCAGAUUCAACACACUGCCCAAGCUUGGAAACAGGACAGUUCAUGGAAGUACUCAAGAAGCAGUACAAGAAAACCAACCCCCAACAUGAUGGCCACCAAAGAUUGUAUUCUUUGUCCUCUCCUGUCAUCAAUGUUCUUCUCUACUAGGCUGUACCUGAAGAUUGGAAGGCUUCUCAUAUUAGAUUACUAACUAUAUCGUAAAUGUGUCCUAUUUCAUUGGGGAAAAAAUCCUAUCAAAUACAAUGAUUUAACUUUAUUCAGAUGAAAAUAUGCUUGAUGAUUACAGUAGUUAAAAAAGAAAAGGUCCUAACAAUUCGUAAUCUCUUUUUUUCUCUCAAUUCCCUAGAGGAAGAAUACAAUAGUAGUAUGAAGCAAAUUACUAUUUGAAAUCGUACUCUAAGUGCCUCAUUACAGCCAGGUAUGUAAACUGAUGGCAUUGAAGCUGCUGUAGAAGCAGAUUGAGAUGUUGUACCAGUAAAACAAACAUCAAAGUGCUUCUACAAAUUUACCAAAUUCUCAAACCUAUGCCAAAACUUAAGACUUGCAUUUCAGGUAUUGAAAUAGCUUUAUAAACUAUCAAGAGCUAUGUAACAAAAUGGCUGGGCGCUCAGUCAGCUGUUCAGUCCAAAUAGAUUUCGAUGUAACUGAGGUGGUAUGACCACUAAUUUAACCACAACAAAUUGAAUUCAAGUUGAUUCAUGCUUACACUUUGAAC